AUGGGCCAGGGACACAAUCAGGGAGGCUGGGACGGGCUUGGGAAACAAUCAGCCCAUGGAAGGGUGGUUGGGUCGGGCCUGGGAUACGACAGACACUUAUUCGAAUUGACGACCAAUCGAUACUUUGGGUGCUUCCAACAGACGGUCACAUCAUCAGCUUAUGAAGCACCUAAGCCAGAGGCUGGAGACUGUGUUAACUUCUCUCCUGAUAACAAACAUAUCAAAUACUUCGACGACCGAUCCGGCCUAUGGAUGGGUGGUUGGGACGGGCCUGGGUCAACGACGUCACUUCAAACAAAUAUCAGCCAACAAAACCUGGCUCGGAUGGGUGGUAGGGAUGGGUCAGGGACAAUACCAGGUACGUAUAUCACCAUACCCCAGGCCUCGGCUGGGCAGGAUGGGAAGGGCCUGGGAUAUGCUACUAACCAAGCUUCCAACUACAACAAUUUUCGGCCUUGGUUUGGCGGUUGGGAUGGGCCAGGGAACUGA